GGCAAGGGCAGCAGCGGAAGCUCCGUCACCUCCCGCGUCUACCAGGUGUCCCGCACCUCAGCCGUCCCCAGCCUGUCCAGCUUCCGCGCCACCCGAGUGACACCCCUGCGCUCCUACCAAAGCGCCUACCAAGGUGCCGGUGAGUUGCUGGACUUCAGCCUGGCUGAUGCCAUGAACCAGGAGUUCCUCCAGACCCGCACCAACGAGAAGGUGGAGCUGCAGGAGCUCAAUGACCGCUUUGCCAACUACAUCGAGAAGGUGCGCUUCUUGGAGCAGCAGAAUGCUCUCAUGGUGGCCGAGGUGAACCGCCUGCGGGGCAAGGAGCCCACCCGCGUGGCCGAGCUGUGCGAGGGGGAGCUGCGGGAGCUUUGCCGCCAGAUAGAUGCUCUGACCGAGGUCGAGCGUGACAACCUGCUCGAUGAUCUGCAGAAGCUCAAGCAGAGGCUGCAAGAGGAGAUCCAGCUGAAGGAGGAGGCUGAGAACAACCUGGCUGCUUUCAGAGCUGACGUGGAUGCGGCCACGCUGGCACGCAUUGACCUGGAAAGACGCAUCGAGUCCCUGCAGGAGGAGAUCGCCUUCCUCAAGAAGGUGCACGAAGAGGAAAUCCGGGAGCUGCAGGCUCAGCUGCAGGAGCAGCACAUCCAGGUGGAGAUGGACAUCUCCAAGCCCGACCUGACGGCUGCUCUGCGGGACAUCCGUGCUCAGUACGAGAGCAUCGCUGCCAAGAACAUUGCUGAGGCUGAGGAGUGGUACAAGUCCAAGGUGUCUGACCUGACGCAGGCAGCCAACAAGAACAACGAUGCGCUGCGACAGGCAAAACAGGAGAUGCUGGAGUACCGGCACCAGAUCCAGUCCUACACCUGCGAGAUUGAUGCCCUCAAGGGCACGAACGACUCCCUGAUGCGCCAGAUGAGGGAGAUGGAGGAGCGCUUCGCGGGGGAGGCUGGAGGGUACCAGGACACCAUCGCCCGGCUGGAGGAGGAGAUCCGGCACCUGAAGGAUGAGAUGGCCCGACACCUGCGCGAGUACCAGGACCUGCUCAAUGUCAAGAUGGCCCUGGACGUGGAAAUUGCCACGUACCGCAAGUUGCUGGAGGGCGAGGAGAACCGGAUCAGCAUCCCCAUGCACCAGACCUUUGCUUCUGCACUCAAUUUCCGAGGUGAGCAUCGCCCUGUGAGGAGGGGGACCUGGGAGGAGUCCCUGGGGAUCCCCAGU